GAUAAAAUAUCGGUACUCCUGGUAGUCAAGCAGGCUUACAAUUCUACAAAUUAGUAACUUUCUCUUGAACACUACCAGAAACACAACUCCCCUCUCCUCAGAUCUGUGAUUCCAAAAUCAUCAAAAUCAUUUUUCAUUUUUAGAUCUCAAUUUCAAUCAGCGUCAUUCAAUCCUUCGACAUCAGAUCUGAGAAAGAGAAAUUGAAAUUAUGGAGAAAAGCUGUACACUUUUGGUGCACUUUGAUAAGGGAACACCAGCAUUAGCAAAUGAGAUCAAGGAAGCAUUGGAAGGAAAUGAUGUGCCUGCGAAAGUGGAGGCAAUGAAGAAGGCUGUGAUGCUUUUACUUAACGGUGAAACGAUACCGCAGUUGUUCAUCACUAUUGUUCGGUACGUUUUACCGUCAGAAGAUCAUACUAUUCAGAAGCUUUUACUGCUUUAUUUGGAAAUCAUUGAUAAGACUGAUAGUCAAGGGAGAGUUCUUCCUGAAAUGAUAUUGAUCUGUCAGAAUCUUAGGAAUAAUCUGCAACAUCCAAAUGAGUAUAUUCGUGGUGUGACACUUAGGUUUUUGUGUCGGUUGAAUGAGAGUGAGAUUAUUGAGCCUUUGAUUCCAUCAGUGUUGAGUAAUUUAGAGCAUAGACAUCCGUACGUAAGGAGGAAUGCUAUACUUGCUGUUAUGGCAAUUUAUAAGCUUCCGCAAGGAGAGCAGCUCAUGGCAGAUGCACCUGAAACGAUUGAGAAAGUGCUCUCCACUGAGCAAGAUCCUUCAGCAAAGAGGAAUGCGUUCCUUAUGCUGUUUACAUGUGCUCAAGAGAAGGCAGUUAGUUAUCUUUUUACCCACAUUGAUAGGAUCUUGGAUUGGGGUGAGCAGCUUCAGAUGGUGGUUUUGGAGUUGAUUCGUAAGGUUUGCCGGACUAAUAAACAUGAGAAGGGGAAGUAUAUUAAGAUCAUAAUAUCUUUGCUUACUGCUCCGUCGACUGCUGUUAUAUAUGAAUGCGCUGGAACUCUGGUAUCUCUUUCGUCUGCUCCUACAGCCAUCAGAGCAGCUGCUGAUACCUACUGUAAGCUGCUGCAGUCUCAAAGUGACAACAAUGUUAAGCUUAUUGUGCUUGACCGGUUGCUUGAGCUGAAGACUUCUCACAAGGAGAUCAUGGUUGAAAUGAUUAUGGAUAUUCUUCGUGCUCUUUCUAGUCCCAAUCUAGACAUAAGGCGGAAGACGUUGGAUAUCGCCCUUGAAUUAAUUACUCCAAGGAAUGUUGAUGAAGUAGUUCUAAUGCUGAAGAAGGAAGUCGUGAAGACUCAGAGUGCGGAUCUUGAGAAGAAUGGAGAGUAUAGGCAAAUGCUUGUUCAGGCCAUCCAUACAUGUGCAAUGAAAUUCCCUGAGGUUGCUAGCACAGUUGUCCAUGUCCUAAUGGAUUUUCUUGGUGACACAAAUGUUGCUUCAGCUAUGGAUGUUGUGGUCUUUGUGCGGGAGAUUAUUGAAACUAACCCCAAAUUGCGAGUUUCUAUUAUCACAAGGCUUCUAGAUACCUUUUAUCAGAUUCGUGCUGCAAGAGUAUGUUCUUGUGCUCUGUGGAUUAUUGGGGAGUAUUGCCUUUCACUCUCUGAAGUUGAGAGUGGGAUUGCUACCAUCAAACAAUGUCUUGGAGAACUUCCAUUUUACACUGCUGCUGAAGAAGGAGAGGCACAAGAUGCUCCCAAGAGCGAUCAGUUAGCCAGCAGUAUCACUGUCUCUUCUAGAAGGCCUGUGGUCCUUGCAGAUGGCACAUAUGCCACUCAAAGUGCAGCCUUAGAAACUGCUAUGUCUCCCCCCACCUUGGUUCAAGGGUCAUUGGCUACUCAAGGAAAUCUAAGAUCCCUGCUGCUCUCUGGUGACUUUUUCCUUGGCGCUGUUGUUGCCUGCACUUUGACAAAGCUUGUGUUAAGGUUGGAGGAGGUUCAACCAUCCAAGGCUGAAGUGAACAAGGCAACAACACAAGCCUUGUUGUAUAUGGUUUCCAUGAUUCAACUGGGGCAAUCACCAGUUCUUCCACACCCUAUUGACAAUGAUGCUUAUGAUAGGAUUGUUCUCUGCAUCAGACUUCUCUGCAAUACUGGGGAUGUAACUAGAAAAAUAUGGCUUCAUUCUUGCAAAGAAAGCUUUGUUAACAUGCUUGCAGACAAGCAGUACCGUGAAACUGAGGAGAGGAAGGCAAAGGCCCAGAUUUCUCACUCUCAACCUGAUGAUCUUAUUGACUUCUAUCAUUUGAAGAGCAGAAAGGGAAUGAGCCAGUUGGAAUUGGAAGAUGAGGUUCAAGAUGAUCUUAAACGUGCAACUGGAGAAUUUAUUAAGGAUAAUGAUGAUGCAAAUAAACUCAACCGUAUUCUACAGCUCACGGGAUUUAGUGACCCUGUUUAUGCUGAGGCCUAUGUUACUGUUCAUCAUUAUGACAUUGUCCUUGAUGUUACUGUUAUCAAUAGAACAAAGGAAACCUUGCAAAACUUAUGUCUGGAAUUGGCAACCAUGGGUGAUCUUAAACUUGUGGAGCGUCCACAGAAUUAUACUCUUGCACCAGAGUCGAGCAAACAAAUUAAGGCUAACAUUAAGGUCUCUUCAACUGAAACAGGAGUUAUUUUUGGAAAUAUAGUCUAUGAGACUUCAAAUGUGCUUGAACGCAAUGUUGUUGUCCUCAAUGACAUCCACAUUGACAUUAUGGAUUACAUUUCCCCUGCAACCUGUGCUGAUGUUGCAUUCAGAACUAUGUGGGCUGAAUUUGAAUGGGAAAACAAGGUUGCUGUGAACACCAUCAUUCAAGACGAGAAGGAAUUCCUGGACCACAUCAUCAAAUCUACAAACAUGAAGUGCCUUACUCCACCGUCGGCCUUGGAAGGAGAAUGUGGUUUUCUCGCAGCAAACCUGUACGCUAAAAGUGUGUUUGGUGAAGAUGCUUUGGUAAACGUGAGUAUCGAGAAACAAUCAGAUGGAAAGCUCAGUGGUUACAUUAGAAUAAGGAGUAAAACACAAGGCAUCGCCCUCAGUCUUGGGGAUAAGAUAACUCUCAAACAGAAGGGAGCUGCUUGAUUCGUUCGUAAUAUUGCAAUUAUAGGAGUUUCCCUGUUGCAGCUUCAUCAAUUACCAUCAUUCAUAGACAUGUUGCUACAGCAUGAGUCAUGACCAUUGUCGAUUUCUUUAUACGCAACCUUUUCUUAAGGGAGGGACAUGUUUUAAAAUAACAUUCCUUGUGUUAAUUUUUGUAUUUUCAGUUUCAGAGUUUUGGAAUUUUAGCUUAAAAGGAACAUUCAUUACUGUAACUGUUGAGAUGUAUGCUUUGUGUUUCCCUCAUUUUGUGCUUUUGACUGAGGAAUACUUUGUACAAUGUGGACCUCUCCUUCAAGUUUAUAUGACUAGCUGUUCAAUUGUUAUCUCUUCA